GGAGUCACCACGAGAGGGAGGGACUAAGGCAGCCGGACAAUGCUGGUGUUUGUGCAACGGCCUCUGAGUGGCUGCUGGCUCUUUCAUAUCCCUCUCGCUUGACUACCAUUGCCACAAGCAUUGUUGAAGUGAAAGGAAAGUGGACAGUUUGAUCCUGCCAGUGGGAUGCACCGACUAAGGCAGUGGGAGAUUAGAUUUUGGUUUGUGAGGUCCAACAGUGCAGAGAGGCUGGCCAGAAGAUACGGAUCCAACAGUAGUGGUCUCGACCACAACAGAAAAACGUGUGGGAGGGAAGAGGCAAAGUAAUUAGAAGGAAAGGAACGAAGAGAGCUAGGAGGAGGAGGAGGAGUCAGACAGGGGAAAGAAGAAGCGGACCAGGGCCUGGAGCCCAAACACGAGCAGGAUGACGGAGAAGAAAGUUAGCCUCCCUGCUAAGCUGAUUAAUGGGGGCGUGGCGGGCCUGGUUGGUGUGACAUGUGUAUUUCCUAUCGAUCUGGCCAAGACCCGCCUGCAGAACCAGCAGGGCGUCCAAGUCUACAAAGGAAUGCUGGAUUGUCUAGCAAAGACCGUACGCUCAGAGGGAUAUUUUGGAUGCUAUAGAGGUGCAGCAGUGAACCUCACACUCGUCACACCAGAGAAAGCAAUCAAACUGGCUGCCAAUGAUGUCUUUAGGCAGAAGCUCUCUAAGGAUGGGCAUUUGCCUCUGUGGGGGGAGGUACUGGCAGGGUGCGGUGCUGGGACCUGUCAGGUGGUCGUCACCACUCCUAUGGAGAUGCUCAAGAUCCAGCUGCAGGAUGCAGGGAGGCUUGCUGCACAAAGGCCUGUGCCAACUGCAGCUCAGACUGCUGCUGCUGCUCCUGGUCCAGCUCCAUCACUAGUGUCCACCCGACCACAGCCCCGACCGACACCUCAACAACGGCCCUCAGCUACAGGCAUCACUGUGGAUCUAUUGAGGUCUCGUGGCCUGGCCGGCCUCUACAGGGGGGCAGGGGCCACCUUAAUGAGGGAUGUCCCCUUCUCAAUGAUCUACUUCCCACUAUUUGCCAACUUGAACGCACUGGGCCAGGUUGAUGUGCAGGCCAAGGCACCAUUCUGGCAGUCAUUUAUGGCAGGCUGCGGCGCAGGCUCAGUGGCAGCUGUGGCUGUGACACCAUUGGAUGUAAUAAAGACUCGUCUGCAGACCUUGCAAAAAGGCGAGGGAGAGGACACGUACAGAGGAAUUGUUGACUGCACAAGGCGCAUCAUGAGGCGGGAGGGGCCUGCAGCAUUCCUAAAGGGAGCAACAUGUCGUGCGUUAGUCAUUGCUCCUCUUUUUGGCAUCGCACAGGGCGUCUACUUUCUUGGUGUUGGAGAGGCAUUGCUGGACUUCCUGGGAUAGCAGUGGCUGGCAUUGAUGGUGGCAGUUGUAUCGUCUCUGUACAAAUCAUUCACUGGUUUAAUGUGCAGUGAAUGCAUGACAACACAGCUGUGUGAACAAUGUAUGCGAUGAGAAGGAAAAGGCGGCCGUAACUUGCUGGUCUAAGACAUGAAGAUAUUCACACUAAUGAAGUUCCUCUAGGUUUUUACAUGCUGUCAACAGCGUUCCAUAGGUUAUGCAGGAUCCUGAGUGUAAAUUGUCUCCGUUUUCUGGUGCGGUAACCCGGUGGGGUAUUUUCCAACUCAAAUAUGCACAUGUGUUAAUGAGGUUAGGGUUAGGGCAAAAAAGACUGGGUUAGGCAGUAAAAAUUAGUACAAGGAGUGGAACCCUUGUCGACCACACUCUGGUGCAGCGUUCACGUCAGUGAGCCGACUGCCGGUGGUGACUAGCUACUAGAUACCACUUCCAAGGUACUACCAGGUUGCUGUCAUGUAUACAACCGCUAGGGGCGCUGGUUUUGAAAAUGUAGACAUAGGUCGUAAUUCCUGAAUACGACCUCGAUGUACGUUUCAUUGGGGGACAGUCUCGAAGUGUCUGGUUUACAAUUUUUGUCGUUUUUUUUAAAAAUAUAUAUAAUUUGGAAUGUCACCAUACAUUGAUACAAAAAUAUACUGUGUACACUCAGGAUCUUCAGGACACAAAUGACUCAUUUGAAAUAAUCAAAACAAAUAUUGGCUAUUGAGCUUUGAUAUGUGUGUGUGUACCUGUAUUUGUUACCUCUUUAGGACAUUUUAUGGCAUAAACACUGACCUUGUCUGGACCAAUAGUCCUUAUAGAAACCAAAACCUGGUCCAAAGGAGGCAGAGACAACUUUUGGAGAACUGGUUCGGUUUAGGGCUAAGGUUUGAAUUGUGGUUAGGUUAAGAUUAGGCAUUAUCUGGUUAUGGUUGAGGUUGGGGAUAAUGCUUCAUUUAGGCUAUUCAAAUGAAUGGAAGUCAAUGCAAACCUUUAUGUGUAUUUUUGUGGUCCUACAUUCAAAUGUGUGAUGACAUGGUCAAUGUUAACUAAGGCACUAUUUUUAAUUAUUGUACUUAAUUCAUUAAAACAAAUAUGUAGACAAACAAACCGUUUGUAGGACAUACAAGAUUAAAAUCCUAAAACAAAUGAAUAUGAAAAAGUUCAGGUGGAAAACAAUAUUAAUAAUAUAUAUAUAUUGAAUUUUUUCACUCUUACACUGCACAAAGAUGAAUUCAAUUCAGUGUUGUUCGCCACUGACAUAUGCAAGACCUAGAGUAGUUGGCAGCUUUGAGCAAAAUAAAAAAAAGAAUUAAACCAAAGUUAAAAUAUAAUAUAAAAUAGUAAAGUUUACUUUUAUGGCAGGUUUCUGGCAGAGACAUUUUUGUCCUCCAAGGUCCUGGGUGUGUUUUUUAUUUUUACUUUCUAAGAAUGCACAAACUCGUUGUUGUCCGAGGCUGCUAAAUAAAAUGCCUACACGUCUGACCACUUGUAUGGUCAUGAUGAAGAACUGUGUAUCAUCAAAUGUAACUGACAAAAUCCUCUUUGAAUCUUUAAAUCAGAAGCUUGUAUUGCCUUCUCUCACUGGAUAGGGAGGUGCGGCCUUCCACUGUCUCUAAGGUCACAUGUUAAUCUAAUGGUAAUGCUUUAAUCCCUGUAUUAGUGUACAAUAUACUCUAACACACAGAUCACUUCCUGCCUAAAGGCUACGACUGCUGGGGCCACCGUCUCGUAGCCUUGAUAUCCUCUUCUUCACAGCUUAGAAGGGUUUAAAUAAAACCUGCUGAAGCCUAGGCCUGUUUUUAUUGCUUAGAAAAAUUAUUUGUUGCUUCACAUCUUAUACAACUUUAAAAAUGCAAUUAAAGCCUUAUCAUUCCUAAUAGUUUCUUAGCUUCAAAACUGUAAUAAAAAAAAAAAAAAAAGAUUUUUGUUUGGGUGAUGUUAAAAUACUGUUUUCAUACUUGAGUCCAAUUAAGCAAGAACAAAUGUAUUCGUUAGAGCCAUUAAGGGAGUAUGGCACCUUGUAUUGCCAGCUGAUAGUCAGUGCAUAGGUCCACUUGAUGGCACUAAAAGUUUGUUUUUUAUUUUACAAUUUUAAUGCAAGACACAUUCCAAUGUGGCUAGUGCGCCUAGGCUACUACAUUUUCUGAAGUGUAGAGUGACAAGCUGUAAAUAAAGAUAUUUCAUACUA